AUGGGCGUUCAAAGCGAUCCAUCGCCGUCUUCCAGCGAUGAGGAGUUAUCCGAAUUCAGCGACAUCGACCCAAGCACACCCAGUCUGCGCCGCGCUGGCAAGAAAUCCACCCUGAGAAGCUUUUGUCUGCCCGACCGAUGGCUCGCCGUUGUGGGCUUCAUCAUCACGUUAGCCAUCGUGCUGGGCGUGGCCCUCGGCACCAGCGUCAAACGCAAGAAACCUCGGCCGGAAACCGGACACUACCCAUCCGACGCUCCCUUCCGCGAGGUCAUUCACUCCAAUUUCCCCGACCCUGCCCUUCUCCAUCACAACGGAACCUGGUUUGUCUAUGCUUCCAAUAAAAAUGCUGGAAUUGUCGAUACCAGUAGAAAUAUCAUCGAAACCGGCAGCGACCCGGACAAUUAUGCCUAUUUGCAGUUUGCGACUUCGGAGAAUCUCAUGGAUUGGACCAUAUCUGCUCCGGACAAAGCCCCACUGCAAGAGCUGGGAGAAUGGGCAAAAAAUGAAUCAAUUCCUGAGCCGCGAGCAGACGUGUGGGCCCCUGACAUCUUAGCACGGCCGGAUGGGAUAUUCGUUCUAUAUUAUUCAGCGGCUCCUUCUGAGGAUGAAAACGUACACUGCAUUGGUGCAAGCGUUGGGGACACUCCAUGGAUUCAAUUCAAACCCGAGUCGAAGUCUAUUGCGUGCCAUAAGAAACAAGGUGGAGCCAUCGAUCCGGCACCGUUCGUCGACCACGACGGGACUGUGUACCUUUUGUACAAAGAAGAUGGUAACAAUUUCGGAAACGGCGGCGAUUGUAGGAAUACCGUCCCACCUCUCGUGGAUACACCAAUGUUCGUCCAGAAGAUGGAGAAAGAUGGCCUCACCAAAUCUUCCGACGACCCCGUCAAGAUUCUGGAUCGCACAGAGAGCGAUGGUCCGUUGGUUGAAGCUCCGUCGCUCAUUCUGAAUGAAGGCAUCUACAUUCUGUUCUUCAGUACCGGCUGCACUUUCGAUGAUUCCUAUACACUCAAAUACGCGACCAGUACCAACAUCACGGGACCCUAUACUCGCAGAGGGACGAUAUUGCAGACUGGGACAUCGGGUCUUUACGCUCCAGGUAGCGCAUCGAUUGUCCGGGAUGGGAAAAGAUGGCGCAUGGCUUUCCACGCUCGCGUCUUCAACGAGAAGGGUGAAGGCAUACGUCCGAUGUAUAUUGCUGAUCUCCAAAUUAAGGAUACCGAAAUCGCUUUGAAAGAACCAGAAAACGCCUGA